AUGCUAUCCCUGGACCGUCAAUCCAGCCCGUUCCACAUGAACGUGUGCGGAAAUGGUAUCUCGGAAGAGGGCCGCCGCUCCAUGUACGAAACGUUCCAGGCAUGGGCGCUCAAGACAUACGGUGAUAGCGGCAAGACGAAGACCGUCACGAGGCGGAAGUACGACCGGAUUAUGCGCAUUCUCACGGGGGAGGAGGAGGCGAGCACGGAAAACUCUAAGUUCCGGUUUUGGGUGAAGGCGAAAGGGUUAAAGUUGGGACCAGGCACGGUAAACGGGCUUGUACAGAACGUGCUGUACGUCCCAGUCAAGCAUCCGGGCUCGAGUCCAGGGAUGGGAGAUGCCGUGAGGGAAUACAAGCGCGUGGCGAUCGUUGACGACUUCUUCGACAUUAUCUACGCCGUGCACGUGGAAAUGGACGGAAGGGGAGGGAAGCACGCCGGCCAGAAACGGACGUACCGGGCGAUAGCUGAAACGUACUCGUUUUUGCCGCGCGAGGCGGUCACACGAUUCCUUAUGUCGUGCUCAGACUGUCAGAAGCGAAUGCACAUCGGCACCGAGUCUCCCACCAAGUCGGGACACAACAACAACAACAACGAGGAGAAGCUAGCCUCGCGUCUCGCCGCCACCCAGGGCGACCAACCACAUAUCAUAGACUUUAGUACACUUUCACUCGCACCAGAGUGCAAAAUGUCCAAACCUGAUCAGGAAUCCACGGACAAACCGGUUGUGGAGGAUUGGAUACGUUGUGUUGCGAGUACACAUGAACAACUCAAUAAGGACAGCGUGUCGAGCGUGAACAGUGAGAUGAGCACUGAGACGGGGUCCUCCCCGACCCGUGACCCCUCCAGCCCCAAGACCGACAAAACAGAGAGAACGAAUUUCAAGAAUGGCUCUGUGAGUCCGGCGCCAAAAGCUGAUACCCCAAAGCCAUCAAUUCCGGAAGAACUGUUCCCGAUGAACCUGACGGGGACGCCCAGCUCACUGUCACCCCUUUCCCGGGAUGAAGGCAAAGGCCAUCCGGAGCGAAAGCGUCGCCAUAGUGACGAGGAUAGUCUGGAGACGUCGUCGAAGGCGAGUGAGACGGGCACCAACGACGAUUCCCUCACGAAAGAUGACGAUGAUAACGACGACGACGAUGAUGAAGACAAGGUACCGCCGGGAUCCAACAUUGACCCAGAAAGGCUGAAAUCGUUCAAUAUGUUCUGCCGUCUGUUUGUGGACGAAAAUCUAGAUAGGAACGUGCCCAUCUCCAAACAACCGAAGGACAAAGUGCAGGCAAUCCUUGACGCCUGCGAUCGCCAGUUUCCGGAAUUCCACGAGCGCUCUCGGAAACGAAUCCGGACAUACUUGAAAUCCUGUAGGCGCAUGCGCAGAUCGAAAGAAAACGGAUGGGAACCUUUGCGACCAACGCCUCCCCAUCUGACGUCAGCAGCGGCGGAGAGCUACCUCGCCCAGGCCUGCGAGAACGAGAGCAUCAACGCUAAGCGCAUGCGCAUGGGUCUCGAACCACUUCCGGCAAGCGCUAUGCCAAUCACACACCAUCCCCCGGCCAUCGGUGCACAGACGCCCCAAAAGGGCACCCCGUCCCCAGCUCAGCCGUCUCCACCCCCUCCACGGGCAGACAUCAAGGACCGCGAUUCCAGCCAGUUAGCUCUGACUUCAAGCUCGUCAACUGCCAGCCACGUGGACCGACACACACCGGUCUCAGCUGCAUCCUCGGACUUCAUACGACAUCCGCCGCCUCCGACCGCGUUCCGACCGCCUCCGGAUUUCCCGCCGUUUUUUACGAACGGCAACGGAUUGUUCCGGCCAGGGUUCCCCGGGUACCAGCAUCCGGCCCAUCAUCAUCCGUCCGUCCUCCACAGCCCCAUUCAGCCGACCGGACUACAGAACGGUAAUUGUCCAACAGAUCUUAGCAUGAAGAAACAAUCUUCCAAGAGCCAGCUAAGCUCCAGCGAAGUGUCCACAAUUAAGCAGCUCAUUUCCGGGUACCGGGAGUCCGCCGCCUUCCUCUACCGGUCCGCGGACGAGCUCGAACAGCUUCUCUUGCAGCAAAAUUGAAGUUGACUGGAAAUGAUUUCAUCAUUUUAUACCGGAAGUGACUUAUUUAAUUUUGAUUGUUUGAGUUAUUGUUAUGUUGAUGGUGAAUUUUGAAACAUUUUUGAUGAGUUAACGGCGGGAAGAAGAAGCGAUCAGAAAGUCAGGCGUUAUUUUGCCUGUACUCAGUACUUUUGAAGUGUUUUAAAGGUUGUCUCUAAACAUGAUGCCUUUUUGUGCUAAUCCACACUGUUAUAGCAUGUGAUGCUUCAAGCUAUGGAGAUAUAUUUUCUUAUUAAUCAAUUAUCUGUAAAGGUGCAUGAUUGACAGUGUUGUAUCAGCCGUGUUGAUCUCUGUGUGAAUGGCAGACUGAAAGUCAGUUGUUUGGAUAGAUAAUACUUAGUACACUAUUUAUUUUAAUUAUUUGUUUGUCUCUGCUCCGCCUAUUAUUUGUACAUAUUGGGUAUAUUUAUUGUAAAUUUAUUUCAAUGACAGUGCAUUAUUUUGCACACAAAGCAGUGACCCAUAUUUGCCUUGCUAUGCCGAGCCACGCGCAAAGCCGCGGGGUCGUGACUGGAAUCUUAAAGGAUGGGAAAAGUCUCCAUGUACAUCAAUGUAAGGCCAAGUAAGGAUAGAACUAACUGAUAUAGUUUUUAAGAUUAAGAGUACUUGAUUUUCAAGAGAAUAUCGGUCCCUUCAGGGUUGGUAACAAAAAACAUGGAUGCGGAUUUCUGUCAUGUUUCCGGUUAGCCUCGGUUCGGUUCCAGACGCUGCCAGCUGUCUCGUGCCGACAUUCCCGUUUUUCUUUUGUGAUGACCGUUUUCGUUUCUCUUGAUCGUGUUAUAAGUUAUGAGGUGUUUGUCGUUUGAAAAGUGCAAUGUUUUAUAAUAGUUCUACCAAAUUCUCGCCCUACUAGUCCGUGUACCUAUUGGCUCAGUUCACUAGAAUACACGUAUUUAUAAUAUUAAGAAUUCAUCUGUUCGUAUUUGACGCUAUUGAUGUUUUUUUUAAAUUUAUUUAUUAUAACAUAAUUUGUUUUAUGUAUAAUUUGUUUGUGGUCAGUUUUAAUCUAGUCAAAGAUUAUUUCCUGUUUUCUAUUCGAAUGACUAUAAUUAUUAAUAAUUCAUCUCAUUUAAAAAUGUGUACUCUAUUUAUUUUUUGGUUAUGUUAUGAAUUCUGUUCCUGUAUUUGGACACAAGUGUGCUAGUCGUAAUCCUAAAUCUAUAUAUUAUGGAACAGAGAUGAACAUUCCAAGUUUGUUUUGCUAUGUUUUAUGCGCAUUUUUAACGUUUGUAUGAGUCAUCGUAUACAUUGAAUACCAAUGGUGUUAAAGGAAUCAAGUUAGAGCCUUACCUCCGGGACAGGUACCUUAUAGAACAACACAGUCUCUCAUGUUUGCCUUUAUAAAUGUUAAAUAAUGCUAUUGUUAAACUGGAUUGAUAUUGUGCAAUAUUAUAUUAUUAUGUAGAUUAUGUAUAUGUAUUGUACUGUGGAGAAAUGUACUAUAUAUUUUGACUACCUGUCUAUAAGCGAACACUCGCUGUCUUAGGGUUUCAUCAUGACACUUUGAAAUUGACUGUUUUGAAAUUUAUCUUGACUAAAAUAAAAUGUUGA